AAGCAGCGAGGCAUGGAGGUGCCGCCGUCUCCGCUCUGGACUUCUUCUUGCACAUGGGACCGUGUCGUCUCUUGUGAUUGGCUGCCGCUCACCGGUCUGUCCUGCUCAUGAGGUGACCCCGGCUGUGGUUGUUGAUGCCCGUGGCUGGGCCGUGAUGGGGCAGAGGGUGUCGGGUGUGGUGAAAUCCGCGGAUGAGCCGGAGACGAACGAGCUGGCGUAUCCGCCGGUGUUCGCGUCGCUCCGUAGCCGCGGCGUCCCGUUACCCGCCCGUCUGGAGCUGCUGUUGGACAUGCCGCCGGCGGGACCGGAAAUCCAGCUUCAGCAUGCCUGGAACCCAGACGACCGCUCGCUCAACCUCUUCAUCAAAGACGACGACCGGCUCACGUUCCACCGCCACCCGGUGGCCCAAAGCACGGACUGUGUGCGGGGUAAAGUCGGAUUUACCCGCGGUUUGCACGCUUGGAAUUUGCGCUGGCCCGUACGGCAGCGCGGCACACAUGCCGUAGUCGGGGUCGCGACUUCUUCGGCUCCCUUGCGAGCCGUCGGAUAUUCCGCCCUAGUCGGCAGCGACGCCGAAGCCUGGGGUUGGGACUUGGGACGAGGUCAACUUUACCACGACAGGAAGAGCCGGACCGGCCCGGCGCCGUCGUACCCGGAGUUUAUCGAAGAUGAGGAGGACGAAGGGACGUUCUCGGUGCCUGAGGAGGUUCUGGUGGUUCUGGACAUGGACGAGGGAACGCUGGGAUUCUGCGCCGACGGGAACUACCUGGGCGUGGCGUUUCGCGGGCUGAAAGGGAAGAGGCUGUACCCGAUCGUCAGCGCCGUGUGGGGUCACUGCGAGGUCACCAUGACCUACGUCAACGGUUUAGAACCUGAACCCCUGCCGCUGAUGGAGCUGUGCAGGAGGGCGGCACGACAGGCUCUGGGACGACACCGAAUCCAUCACAUCCAGUCCCACCCACACACACACACAAUAAAAGGACGCUAA